CCGUCCGUGGAGGUGGUGCGCGUUAUCGCUCCUUCGGCUCCUUUCUCAACAGUGCACAAAAAGGAGUUUUCUGAUUUCUGCAUACGUCUCAAGGCUCAUCCUCAUCGGGCAUGACGAACGUCAGGAGCGCGUGGUCGCUGGGACUCGUAAUAUUUAUUAUAUCAGCAUACGUGCAUGAUUCUCUCGCAAAACAUUAUCACAUAAAAUUAAGGCACGGGAGGCAUCGCCGACAACAUGGCGAAAGUUAUCUGCCUAGCAGCUUCGUAUCAGACACAGAUGAGCCCGAGAGAGGCAAUUGGGGACCAUGGUCGACACCCAGUUCCUGUUCGCGCUCCUGCGGUGGCGGGAUCGCCCAUCAAACUAGACAAUGUCUCGAUAUCGAUGAUAAUGGUCAUGACAAGUGUACUGAUGCAUCCAGGAGAUUUUUCUCGUGUAACAUUCAAGAAUGUCUUGGCGAACCGAAAGAUUUUCGUGCGGAACAGUGUGCGGAGUUUAACAAUGUACCCUUCGAAGGAGUUUAUUACGAUUGGAUUCCGUACAUCGGAAGUCCGAAUAAAUGCGAACUAAAUUGCAUGCCACGAGGCGAGCGAUUUUUCUACAGACAUAAAGUCGCUGUGAUCGACGGCACUCCUUGUGAAUCCGAAAAGAACGAUGUUUGCGUCGAAGGCAAAUGCAUGCAUGUCGGGUGCGAUAUGAUGCUGGGCAGUGAUGCCAAAGAAGAUGCGUGUAGAGAAUGUGGUGGCGAUGGCUCAGAUUGCAAUACCGUUACCGGCUUAUUUGACACAGACGACCUUCAAGUGGGAUAUAUCGAUAUUUUACUUAUUCCCGAAGGUGCGACAAAUAUCGUUAUUAAAGAAAAUUAUCCAUCCAACAAUUAUUUAGCCAUACGCAACACAACCGGACAUUACUACUUAAAUGGCAAUUGGAGGAUAGAUUUUCCACGCAGUUUGCACUUUUCUGGUACGAUCUUUCAUUAUGCUAGAGAUCCUCAAGGAUUUGCAGCACCCGAUACCAUCACGGCUCUAGGACCUACAAAUGAACCGAUUUACGUUGUGUUGCUGUAUCAAGAUCGUAACGUGGGAGUGCAUUACGAGUACAGCAUACCCAAGAAGUUUUCGGCGCGUACCGACCCGGAUAGUUACACUUGGGUAACCGAUGAAUUUUCAAGUUGCAGUGUUAGUUGCGGUGGAGGCUACCAAUCGAGACGGGUGGCUUGUGUACGAAGGCGUGACAAUCAGCCAAUGGAUGAGAGUUUAUGCGAUCCGCAGUUGGAACCGACUGACACUCAAAGUUGUAGCGAAGAACCAUGUCCGCCUAUUUGGGUAGAAGGCUCAUGGUCAACUUGCACCAAACAUUGCGGCGAAGGGGGCGAGCAGACUAGAGAGAUCAAAUGCGAACAAAUCAUCUCAGGUGGAAUAGCUUCCGUGGUGGAUGAUUCUCAAUGUUUGAAAAAAGUGGGACCAAAAGGGCUUACUAAGCGAGAAUGCAACGAAAACGUAGAUUGUCCACAGUGGCACGAAGGGCCCUGGAAGCCUUGCGAUCAUAUAUGCGGACCUGGUAAGCAAACGAGAACAGUUACGUGUUACAAGAAGAUCGAUGGCAAGAUCCAAGUGUUGGAAAAUGGUGCAUGUGAAGCGGAAAUGCCUGAAAAUGAAAAAGCUUGCGAGCUAAGACCUUGCGCCGGUCUCGAUUGGGUUACCUCGGAAUGGAGCGGAUGCGAGGAGAAAUGUGAUCUCAUCAAAGAAACCAGAACGGCCCAUUGCGCUACUCAAGAUGGCACAGUUUAUCCAGAUAAUUUGUGUGAUGCAGACAAGAAGCCAGAAUUGGAAAGAGACUGUGAUAAAGCUAAGAAUUGCGAUUUUCAGUGGUUCACCUCGCAAUGGAGCGAAUGCUCGGCAAAAUGUGGAUACGGCGUUCAAAUGCGCAAAGUGUUCUGUGGCACUUUUAGCAACGAUAUUGUGAAGAAAGUUUCGAACGAGAAUUGCGACCCCCAAAAAAAAUUUGAAAAUAUUAAAAAUUGCAGCGCUGAAGAACCAUGUAAAGGCGAAUGGUUCGCAGGGCCUUGGAGCAAGUGUUCAAAGCCAUGUGAUGGUGGUGACAUGACUCGUAAAGUAAUUUGUAUGAAGGACAACAAAACCGUACCUGUGAAUCAGUGUAAUGCCGACAGCAUCAUAUUUUCUACCGAAAAAUGCAAUGAUCAACCUUGUGAAGAAGGCAUGACACCAAUCGACGAGGAGCCAGAUGAGAAAACGAUAGACUCGAAGGAGGAAGAGUGUGAGGAGGAAGAGGAAGAAGAAUAUGCUGUUGAAUUUAGUCUUCCUGCGGGGAAAGUGAAAAUAGGCAAAUUAAUAGAGCAAACAGAAGCAACAACUCCGAAUUUAUUGUUUACCGGAAGUGACACUUACGACACUAUGUUUAGUGAUUCUACGAGAGGCGAUAUAUCACUUUCCGAAUUGGGUAGCGGCGAAGGUAGUGGUGACGAUAAUUUUACCAUAUUUGAUACUAGCUUGUUCACCGGCAGCACUAUCACCGACAUUGGUUCUACCGUUGUCGAAGAGAGCGAAAGUUCAAUUAGUGGAAUUACGACGGAAGGCAAAACCGGCACAAUCGAAUUCGGAACAGACGUAAAUGAACCAUCGGAUAUCACCGAAGGAACUGACGUAACGCUCGAAGGAUCCGGUACCAGCUUUGAAGGAUCCGGUGCAUCCACAGACGAAUUUGCUAAAGAAACUCAAGUAACUCAAGUCUCAGUAUCAGAAUUCGAUAGGACAAUAGAACAAUCAACAGAUUAUUCCGUUACCAUCACCAGCGAAUUGGCUAGCAAUGUAGAUAUCGAAUCAACCGUUAGUAAAAAUUCAGAGACAACAAUCGAAUCCAGUGGUACGACAACUGGUUCAAAUGACAUAACAAGCAAUACAAACGAAUCAGCUGAUACCGAUAUCGCUAUCACUUCAACAGAAACCACUGGAUCCACUAAAACAGAUACAACAGAUACAGCGACAGAUGAAACGACCGAUUCGACAGAGAGUAAAACAACAGCAACUACUGAAUCUACAGAUAUGACCGAGUCUACGCAAUCUCCGCCAAGUACAUUUUCAGAAUUAUCUUCAUCAGAAACGGAGAUUACAAUAACAGAGAAAAUAGAAACGACUGCAAGCGAGAUUACCACAUCCGAAACAGCGAUGGCAUCAACAAUGAUUUCUCAGCAAACAACAGAAUUGAAAGUACAAGGAGAGUAUGAUUUCGGUUCGGAGGAACAGAGUACUGAUGCUGUAACUACGAUAUCAAGUCAAACAGACGAGAGUUACACUACAGUGGUUAACAGUACAGAAAACACUAUUGUUUCUGAGAUGAGUCCAUCGUAUGAGACUGAAACAACGAGUAGCGAAAUAACCAAAUCGGGAGAGACAACUGAGUCCAGCAUUAGCACGGAAUCAGCUGAGAUAACAGAACUCGGACUAACGACUGAAUCUAUAAGCGAUGUUACGACCUCGAGCGCAAUUGUCGAAUCGGGCGCAACAGAAUCUAGUGAGGCUACCAUCACGGUUUCUACGGAAACGGAAGUUACGGAGACUACCGAGUCAACUAUGACAAUUAAAUUAAGCGAGACAACUGAAUCGUUAAUUACAACGUCGUCUUUUGAAGAGACAACUGUAUCUGGUGAAAUCAUUGUGACGGAAAUUACGUCCUCCACAAUCAGUGAAGAAAUCGAUCUUACCGAAAAGACUCAUAUCACAGAGGUAUGGACAACCAGCUUCCCAGAUACAACGACGCACAAACGGCAAUGCAAACCAAAGAAAAGCUGCAAGAAAACACCGUUCGGAUGUUGCUACGACAAUAUCACCGCUGCUCAGGGACCAUUUGAUCAUGGUUGUCCGAUGCCGCAAACAUGCAACGAGACACGAUAUGGUUGCUGUUCCGAUGGCGUGUCACCAGCCAUUGGUCCCAAGAACAAGGGUUGUCCAGACUCUCGUUGUAACGAAUCACUUUUUGGUUGUUGUCCCGAUGGUGUUACUACAGCGCAAGGCAAUGAUUAUGAAGGAUGCACGAAACCAUGUAAAGAAACAGAAUUUGGAUGCUGUCCAGAUAACGAGACUGCAGCUAGUGGAAAGGAUUAUUUGGGAUGUUGUAAUGUAACCGAAUUUGGUUGUUGUCCAGAUGAUAUUAAAGCCGCUUCUGGUCCCAACAGCGAAGGUUGCGAGGAAGAAGUCACUUCUGAAACGGAGGUAUAUGAAAUAACAACACAACCUGUUUCACCCGAAGAUUGUGCAAACACCACUUAUGGUUGCUGUCCUGAUGGUAUUACCAUUGCAAAUGGUGCCAACUUUGAGGGUUGCGGUGUCAUUAAUACCGAAAAUUGCAGCGCGUCCUACUUUGGAUGCUGUUUUGAUGGAAUUUUCGCGGCUCUCGGACCGGACAACUAUGGUUGUCGCAUGCCAUGUCACGACAGUGUUUACGGAUGCUGCGAGGAUGGAAUAACACCAGCACAUGGACUGAACAACGAAGGUUGCUGCUUAUCGACACUAUACAAGUGCUGUCCGGAUAACAGUCUGCCAGCUCGUGGGCCAAACUUCUACGGCUGUGGCUGCCAAUACACGAGAUUCGGUUGUUGCCCGGAUAAUUCGACGGUAGCGCGUGGACUAAAUAAUGAGGGCUGUGGCUGUCUAUAUACACCUUAUGGUUGUUGCCCGAAUCGAUUUACUCCCGCCAGCGGAUACAAUUUCGAGGGAUGCCCAUGUUACACUUACCAAUUUGGAUGUUGUCCCGAUGGUAUUACUAUUGCCAAGGGCUCUCAUGGUCAAGGUUGUGGAUGCGAAAAUAUGGAAUAUAAAUGUUGUUCAGAUGGUAGAACGCCAGCUAAAGGAUCAAAUUUUGCGGGCUGCACCUGCGACGCAUCGCAAUAUGGAUGCUGCCCGGACGGAAUUGAGGAAGCUCAAGGGGAGAACUUUGAAGGUUGUAUCACAAUACCUUCGGUGCCCGGUGCCGCAUGUGGUUUGAAGAAAGACAGAGGCUCUUGUCGAGAUUUUACAGUCAAGUGGUUCUAUGAUACCGAUUACGGUGGUUGUUCAAGAUUUUGGUACGGAGGCUGCGAGGGUAACGAAAAUCGGUUUAAAACACAGGAAGAAUGUAAAGAAGUUUGCGUUCAACCAAGAGGAAAAGCUGCUUGCUUUUUGCCAAAAAUCUCUGGUCCUUGCGAAGGAUAUCAUCCAACAUGGUAUUAUGAUGCUGGCAGAAAGCAAUGCGGUCAGUUCGUCUAUGGUGGUUGCCUCGGCAAUGCUAACAAGUUUAAAACAAGAGAAGAGUGUGAAGAACUUUGUGUCACACCGAACGACAUCGAUCCUUGCGAUCAGCCGAAAGAAGCAGGUCCUUGCGCAGGCAAUUUCACAAAAUGGUACUUCAACCAAGAAUCGCAAACUUGCGAACAAUUCAUAUACGGUGGUUGCAAAGCGAAUGACAACAACUUCCCGACAGAAAUCGCUUGCCACCAACAAUGCUUACAGCCAGGUCGAAGGAAAGAUAUUUGCACGUUGCCGCGGGCGGAGGGUACAUGCAUAGAGAAGCAAUCUCGAUGGUAUUUUGAUCAAUCGGAGAAUCGCUGCAUGCCAUUCUAUUACACUGGCUGUAAUGGCAAUAAAAAUAAUUUUGAAUCUAGAGACGCAUGCGAGUCUGAUUGUCCGCCUAAAAUUGAGCAAGAUAUCUGUCUCCUACCCGCUCUUCUGGGAGAAUGCCAUAAUUACACUCAACGAUGGUACUACGAUUCCUAUGAGCAACACUGUCGACAGUUUUAUUACGGUGGAUGCGGCGGGAAUGAGAAUAAUUUCAUAACCGAACAUGACUGCAUCAAUAGAUGUGUAGCGGUUAUCACCACUCCGCCACCACCAGGACAAGUCGAAUUCCAGCUAGAAUUCUGUUUCUUACUCGACGAACACGGUCCGUGCUCCGAAAAUCAAGUAAAAUGGUUUUACGAUAGUCGUGAUGGUGUUUGCAAACAAUUCCGAUACGGCGGCUGUCAGAGUAACGGCAAUAAUUUCAAUACUCGCGAAGAAUGCGAAUAUCGCUGCGGAGAAGUUCAAGAUCCUUGCACCCUACCAGAAGUGAUCGGUCCUUGUGAUGGUUUCGUAAAGCAAUUCUACUAUGACAAGCGCACUGAUUCUUGCUACGAGUUCGAGUAUAGCGGCUGUCAAGGCAACAAAAAUCGCUUCCAAGAUAGGGAAUCUUGCGAGAAAAAAUGUAGACGGCAAAUGGCUGCGGUUACACCGGUGAUUACUCCAACAUUAGCCACGAUAACUUCGCCGACUGGAGAAUCAAAGAGUGCGAUUUGCUUGGCGUCAGUCGAUUCUGGCGAUUGUAGUGACAGUAUCACCGCGUAUUAUUACGAUGCCCAACAUCAAAUAUGUCAGGCGUUUAUUUAUGGCGGAUGUGGUGGAAAUGCUAAUAGAUUUCAAACCGAAGAACAAUGCGAGCGACUCUGCGGAAGAUUUCACAGACAAGAUAUGUGUAAUCUCGCUGUGGACUCCGGCCCAUGCAGAGGUGCUUUCCGCAAAUAUUAUUAUGAACCAGGUUUACAUGCCUGCCGUGAAUUCAUUUACGGUGGAUGCGACGGUAACGCUAACAGGUUCAGUACGAUCUCUGAAUGCGAGUCUAUUUGCAUACAUCAUGAAGAGCCUGUACCUCCCGGAAAUGACACCAGUGUUUUAAAUUUAUCGAUCUGUAAAGAACCAGUUGAUAGUGGAUCUUGCACGUCCGGUGCCACAAAACGAUUCUAUUUCGACGAGGAACACCAAACGUGCCGGGCGUUUAUUUAUACCGGAUGUGGUGGCAAUCGCAACAGAUUCAAGACUUUCGAAUCUUGCAUUAACACUUGCCUUAGGACGAGUAACGAAAUUGAUGUGGAUUCAAAGGAUACGAAAGAUCAAUGCGCGGAGGCCAAGGAAGAGUGUAAUAUUAUCCGUUGUCCGUACGGUAAGGAACAGUACGUGGAUUCACAGGAUUGCGAACGCUGUCGUUGUGUCGAUCCUUGUAGAACAAAAAUUUGUCCUGAGAGUAAUCGUUGCGCCAUUACGCUAGUCGCUACGCAAGAUGGCACGGAAUACAAAGGCGUUUGUCAGUCAAUCGUUAAACCCGGUCGUUGCCCAAAAGUAUCAAACAGCACAAGAUGUGAACAAGAAUGUGUCACGGAUGCGGACUGUCCUGUAGAAUGGAAAUGUUGUAACAGUGGUUGCGGCACAUCCUGUCUGGAACCCGCACCAGAAGAAAUUUUAACGACAACAUCAUGGCCUACCGUUAUCCCGCCACAAUAUGGUGGUGAACCUGCGAUGAUUCAACAAUCCGAAGAACCUCAUGUCAGCGCGCAAGAAGGUGGCUAUGUUACAUUGAAAUGCGUCGCACUAGGAACUCCCAGACCAAUCAUCACGUGGAGAAAAGAUACUACAUUGAUUGGGCCUUCAGAGAAAAGACGGCGUAUACUACUUGAUGGAUCUCUUCAGAUCAUUAAUUUAUAUACUUACGAUAGAGGUACUUACGUAUGUACCGCUGAUAAUGGUUUAGGGCCACCGGUGAGGGCGGAGUAUCAAUUAGACGUCACAGAACCAAGUGAACUUCCCGUCGCUAUCAUCGGAGAGCCCGAUACUCGUAUAACGGUGACGAUGAACUCGCCGAUAACUCUGCAUUGUUAUGCUAUGGGAUGGCCGAGGCCAUUUGUCACUUGGUGGCGUGGCGACCAAAUGUUACCUCUAUUUUCGGACAAUUACGAGCAAGAUACCGAUUAUACUCUCUUGAUACGCUCGGUAACUCUAACCAGCCUCGGCAUUUAUACUUGCCAGGCGUUUAAUGGCAUCGGUACACCGGCCUCUUGGUCGACAACCUUGCAAGCAGUCGGACCUGUCUACAAUGUUAAAUCUGAACACGAAGAGUACACCAAAUAUCUUGUCCAACCACCAAAGAGACCCACUACUGAAAAACCACAGUAUCCUUACAGGCCUACCAGAACGCAGUCUCCUCCAGAACAUCAAACCUACGCUCCCGUCUAUUCCUCGAAACCACCUCACAUUCCUCGCGUUGUUCCUCUUGAAAUCACUACCACUGAGCUCAGUAGCGCCAAGUUCAAAGUGCCGGUCAAAGUCAAUGUAUCAGCAGGACAAUCACAAUUCCCUGAAGGCAGUGACAUAAGCAUCGCUUGCAUCGUCGAUGGUUAUCCGAUCCCACGUGUACUCUGGUAUAAGGACGAUGAACUUAUUCGAACCAAUAAUCGAAUAAAGAUUUCUGAACUCAAUCGACUUAUCAUUAGCGAUGCAAGUCGAGAGAACUCUGGCCGAUAUCGAUGCGAAGCAGCCAAUGAAUUCUCUUCGGAUUCUGAUAAUGUUGAUAUACGUGUAGCUGGUAUCUUUAUUCAUCCCCAUUGCCAAGAUAACACGUUUUUCGCCAACUGCGAACUUAUUGUUGCAGCCAAGUAUUGUACACACAAAUACUAUGCAAAGUUUUGCUGCCGAUCAUGCACAGAGGCCGGCCAGUUACCAGCAAGAGGACCUUAUAUCGAUAAUUCGAGAAGAAGAAGGAGAUUUAUUCCGCGAAUGCUUGUAUAAGACAUCAAAUUGACUUUUCGAUAUUUCCGACAUACGUGAUAGCACGUAGGUAAAUAAUACUAAAUAUCGAUUCUGGAUCGUAGCCGGCGGGAUUCGCAAUAGAAAAAAAAUGAGAAAGAAAUUGCGCGUACCUGCUCUUAUCGGACGUGCCGGAUAAUCGAUUUAUUAAAUCACUGCCAAAGUCUUAGAGCGUUUAUAC